AUGUUACCGAUUAGAAUUCUAUCCUUAGUGUUAGGAUACUUGAUAUCCUUCUCAUAUCAACAACAAGUUAUUCCUAAAAGAAAUUAUGAAUCAAAUAAUUAUUUUUUAGUUGAAAUUGAUACUUCCAAUAGUUCAAAACCAUUAAAUGAUUUCAUAAAUAAAUAUAAAGACCAUUACAAGUUUGAACAUCAAUUAUCUUCAUUGGACAAUUAUUACGUAUUCAGUAUUGACAAAUCACACCCUCAUAACUCAUUCUUGGGUAAUCUAAAUUCAGAACAACGCAAUUUAAUGAAACGACAAGAUGGGUUUGAAGAUCAUUAUGACCAUUUUAUAACCACUCCCGAACUUAAAUCGAUUCACAUGUUACCUCCGAAGAGGUUAUCAAAAAGAUUACCAGUUCCUAUAGAUCCGGAAGAAAUCGUACCAUAUUCCAACAAAAGAGAUGACAGCAACGGUGUAGCUGCAACUGACGAAGCAGUCCAAAGGUUAGCACAGGUACAAGAACACUUCUCCAUCAGCGAUCCAGAAUUCGCUUCCCAAUGGCAUAUUAUUAAUACUCAAUACCCUGGUAAUGAUGUUAAUGUCACCGGAUUAUGGUACGAAGACAUCUUGGGCCAAAACAUUGUCACAGCAAUUAUUGACGAUGGACUCGAUGCCCAAGGUGAAGACCUUGCCGAAAAUUUUAAUGCCAAAGGUUCUUGGGAUUUCAAUGAUAAUUCUCCCGUGCCUUUACCUCGUUUAGGUGACGAUUACCACGGUACUCGUUGUGCUGGAGAAAUCGCUGCCGUGAAGAAUGAUGUAUGUGGGGUUGGAGUGGCGUAUAAAUCACAAGUUAGUGGUAUUCGAAUCUUGUCGGGUCCAAUCACGUCGGCUGAUGAAGCAAGUGCCAUGAUCUAUGGAUUGGAUACAAAUGAUAUAUACUCGUGUUCUUGGGGUCCAACUGAUAAUGGUAGAACUUUGGCUGAGCCGGAUUUGAUCGUUAAAGAGGCAAUGGUGAAAGGAGUCAUUGAUGGCCGGAAUAAAAAAGGAGCUGUUUAUGUUUUUGCGUCUGGGAAUGGUGGUAGAUCAGGAGAUUCAUGUAAUUUCGAUGGAUAUACCAAUUCGAUCUAUUCAAUUACUGUGGGUGCAGUCGAUUACAAGGGUUUACACCCUGCAUAUGCAGAAGCUUGUUCUGCGGUUAUGGUGGUUACAUAUUCUUCUGGAUCAGGUGAACAUAUCCAUACAACUGAUAUUAAGAAGAAAUGUUCCGCAUCACAUGGUGGAACAUCAGCAGCAGCACCUCUUGCCAGUGGUCUUUAUUCAUUGAUGUUAUCAGCUAACCCGGAAUUAACGUGGAGAGAUGUCCAAUAUGUAAGUGUAUUAUCAGCCCUGCCUAUAAAUGAAAAUGAUGGAAAUUACCAAAUUACAGCAUUGAAUAGAAAGUAUUCUCAUAAAUAUGGAUAUGGGAAAAUCGAUGCUUAUAAAAUGGUUCAUUUCGCCAAAGAAUGGAAAAAUGUCAAGCCUCAAGCAUGGUAUUAUUCAGACGUCAUCCCUGUUCAUGACAAGAUUGUAAGUACUAAAGCAUCGGAUGAAGACAAGAUUAUACAAUCCAAAAUUUCCAUAUCAGAAGAUGACUUAAAGAUUAUGAAUUUGGAACGAGUUGAGCACGUGACGGUUAAAGUGAACAUCAAUUCAUCAUAUAGAGGUAGAGUUGGAAUGAGAUUAAUCUCCCCUCAUGGCGUGAUUAGUGACUUAGCAACCUUCCGUCCUGCAGAUAGUGAUGGGUCCGGAUUUCAAAACUGGACAUUUAUGUCCGUUGCCCAUUGGGGCGAAACUGGGAUUGGGGAUUGGACCGCUGAAGUGUUUGCCGAUGAUUCAAGAGGUGAUAAAACAAGCAUUGAAUUUGUAGAUUGGCAGUUGAAAUUAUUUGGGGAAUCUAUUGAGACUGACAAGGCGUCACGAUUUGAUCUCAAGACGGACUAUGCGGCCGUAAGGAGAGAAUUGCAAGCAGCGCAAAAAAAACCGGAAGAAUCUGCUGCUCCUACUACCACAUCGACGACAAGUACCAAAGCUGAGAAGGAUAGCACCAGGGUGGCCUCUUCCUCAGCCACUCCUGGGUCAUCAUCUUUAAGUAGCACUGACACCUCCGCCGAGCCUUCUACCUCAACUGAACCUACUGGUGGGGAAGACGACGGACAAAACAAACAAUAUGUUGCAGAACAUACUGGUCAAUAUUUCAUGGCUUUGGCUGUUGUCGGAUUCAUAAUUGUCAUAUUAAUAAUCAAAUUCCAUAAGACGCCUGGUAGCAGUCGAAGACGGAGAAGAGAUGAUUAUGAAUUUGAUAUUAUCCCCGGUGAAGAUUAUAGCGACACUGAAGAUGACAUUGAUUCCUUGGAAUUGGGAAGAUAUGGUAAUAGCAGAAACCAAAGACGGAAUGAUGACGAUGCGGACGAUGAUGAAGCGAGAGAUAGGUUGUUUGAUGAGUUUAAUGCUGAGACUUUACCCGAUUAUGAUGAUGCUAUGUUUAGAAUUGAUGACGAGGAUGAACAUGACGAAGAAGACAGAAAUGAUGCAGGGAAGAAGAAAGCGAAAGUGGAUCAAAAAGUUAGAUUUGAUGGCAAUAACCAAAGUGAAUUGGUUGAUAUGAAGAAAUCGGACGCAGUUGAAGGUGAUAAGAAGACAGACAAUGACAACGAGUCGAAUACUACUGGUGAAUCAUCACCAUAA